AUGAAUAUUUCUUUCUCACUUUUCACAAAAGAAACUGGAAAUCUCUCACAAAAAAUAAUGUACAAUCAACUAUCAAGUGUCCAAAAUUCUAACUUCUCCCCAUUGAGGAAAACCCGAUUUGUUAUCCAUGGAUAUACAAGCACUGGAAAAUAUGGCUGGGUUGUGGAGAUGUGUUUGCUUCUGGUGGAUGUGGAAGACAUUAACUGUUUUGCCGUUGACUGGGAAGAUGGAGCUAAAUGCACCUAUUUCAUUGCUGGCAGCAAUAUCCGUGUUCUUGGAGCAGUCAUAGCUAAAUUUAUCAUUACUAUGAUGAAAAUCUAUCAGUAUUGUCCUUCCAACGUCCACCUCAUUGGCCAUAGCCUCGGUGCUCAUACUGCUGGAGAGGCAGGAAGACGACUUCAAUAUGUUGGCAAAAAAUCUCCUGCCAUUGAAAGAAUAAGUGGUUUAGAUCCAGCAGCGGUGGGUUUUGAAGGAUUCCCUGAGAUGGUCCGGCUAGAUCCUUCUGAUGCUGGAUUGGUGGAUGUCAUACAUAGCAACGGUGUCCGAUUUCCUUUAGGACUUGGGAUGUUUAAUGCAACUGGUGAUAUGGACUUUUAUCCCAAUGGUGGAAAGCGUAUGGUUGGAUGUAAUGAUGUAAAAGAGGAACAGGAACAGGAAGAUAUUCGUUCGGUUGGAAAUUGCCAUCACUCACGAAGCCAUGAGUACUACAAAUACAGCAUCGUCCACCCUAGUGGGUUCCUGGCCUAUCCCUGCAAAUCAUACAAAUCUUUUCAAGCGGGAAAUUGCUUUCCAUGUCCCACAGAAGGCUGCCCAGUAAUGGGUCACUAUGCUGAUCAAUUCCAUGAUAAACUGAAGAAAAGAAAUCAAACCUACUAUCUAAACACAGGAUCUAAGGAACCCUUCACCAGUUGGCGAUAUAAUAUAUCUGUCAAACUAAAUGGAAUGAAAAAUGUAAGAGGAGAAAUAAAUAUAGUUUUCCACAAUAAAAAUGGAGAUAUGAAGGAAUAUCCGAUUAUGAGGGGAAACCUUAACCAUGAACAAAUCUAUUCAAAGCUCACAGAUGUAGAAAUUAAUCCAGAAAAUGCUUCAAGAAUUGAGUUUGUUUGGCACAAGCAAUUCUUUACUUUCUUUUGGGCUCAACUAGGAGCAGAAAAAGUAAAUCUUACCCGUGGGCAGGAUGGGCGCAAGACUUCCCUUUGUGGCCAGGGAACAGUAAAAUAUGAAGUUCCUCAAAUGCUUACACCUUGUGGAAUACUAAAGGAGGCAUAA